AAAGGACUGAAGGACAAACCUGGGUGCAGCCAGAGAGGUCCAGAUAGAUGAGCUUGUGGCAUCCAUUCCCUAAAUUCAGGGACUCCACGUGCUGGGUCGCAUUGUUCCUGAGCUGUAUUAGUUAAGACUACCCAAACUUGGAUUUCAAAGGAAUACUUUCAUUGCUCCAUCUGUCACACCAAGUAAUUGGGACCAGCUGGAUGUCAGGAUGCGCGUAGUUACUAUUGUAAUCCUGCUCUGCUUUUGCAGGGCCGCUGAACUGCACAGAGCUAGCCCAGGCGGUGUGAGGAGCCGAGCAAAUCAUGGCCGGGCAGUUGGGGGCCGGAGAGGCCCCAACCCAGUCAAACGCUACGCACCAGGCCUCUCCUGUGAAGUGUACACAUAUCUUCAUGAGAAAUACUUAGACUGUCAAGAAAGAAAAUUGGUUUAUGUGUUGCCUGGCUGGCCUGAGGAUUUGCUGCACAUGCUGUUAGCAAGAAACAAGAUCCGUGUACUGAAGAACAGUAUGUUUUCUAAAUUUAAAAAACUGAAGAGCCUGGAUCUGCAACAGAACGAGAUCACCAAAAUUGAGAGUGAGGCGUUCUUUGGUUUAAACAAACUUACCACCCUCUUACUGCAGCACAACCAGAUCAAAGUCUUGACGGAGGAGGUGUUCAUUUAUACGCCUCUCCUGAGCUACCUGCGUCUUUACGACAACCCCUGGCGCUGUACUUGUGAGAUAGAAACGCUUAUUUCCAUGUUGCAGAUCCCAAGGAAUCGGAACCUGGGGAACUACGCCAAGUGUGAAAGCCCUCAAGAACUGAAAAAUAAGAAAUUGCGGCAGAUAAAAUCUGAACAGUUAUGUAAUGAAGAAGAAAAGGAACAACUGGACCCGAAACCCCAAGUGUCAGGGAGACCACCAGUCAUCAAGCCCGAGGUGGAUUCGACUCUUUGUCACAAUUACGUGUUUCCCAUACAAACACUGGACUGCAAAAGGAAAGACUUGAAGAAAGUCCCAAAAAACAUCCCUCCAGAUAUUGUUAAACUUGAUUUGUCAUACAAUAAAAUCAACCAACUUCGCCCCAAGGAAUUUGAAGAUGUUCAUGAGCUAAAGAAAUUAAACCUCAGCAGCAAUGGCAUUGAAUUCAUAGAUCCUGCUGCGUUUUUAGGGCUCACACAUUUAGAAGAGCUGGAUUUAUCAAACAACAGUCUGCAAAACUUUGACUAUGGAGUACUAGAAGACUUGUAUUUUUUGAAACUCCUUUGGCUCAGAGAUAACCCUUGGAGAUGUGACUACAACAUCCACUACCUCUACUACUGGUUAAAGCACCACUACAAUGUCCAUUAUAAUGGCCUGGAAUGCAAAAUGCCUGAAGAAUACAAAGGGUGGUUCGUGGGAAAAUAUGUUCGAAGUUACUAUGAAGAAUGCCCCAAGGACAAGUUACCAACAUACCCGGAGACAUUUGACCAGGAUACAGAAGAUGAUGAAUGGGAAAAAAUCCAUAGGGAUCAUGCAGCGAAGAAACAAAGUGUAAGAAUCACUAUAGUGGGAUAACUUAGAAAUUAUUCUGGUUGUAACUAGUUUUGUACGUGCUAUACAGGUAUCAGAAGACCACAUGUUUACAUUUUGAUUAACUGUGUUGCCUAUUUAUGCAGGGUUACCCAGUGAAAGGAAGCUUUCUUUAAUUAUUAUUAUAAUUAUUACUGUUGUGACAACUACAGUAGUCAAGGGAAUAGUCUUAUCCUGCUUGCCUGUCCAUUUGCAGAUUGGCCUCUGGUGAUGCAUGAUUCUGAGCUGGCUGCCCGCAGGAGCUGGGUCCUAAUGAUGGCAUUAGAAUUUCAUAAUGUCCUGUAUAAAUGUUUUUACUGCUUUUUGAAAAUAAAAAAAAAGAAAAACUUGGUUUCUUUUUAUAUGCCUUUGAUAGCUAUCUGUGUAUAUGUCAUUUAUUCUAUCUGCCCUGCCCC